AAAAAAUUGUAGGCAAAAAGCGCUAGCUCAAGCUCUGUAGCAGCAGGAUCAUGCCCUUCAGGCUGAUCAGGUACCACAUAGGUCGGGGAUCUCGUGGCCCCGCAAGAACACUGGUGAUCUCGCGGCCCCGCAAGUCCAGCUUCGAGGUUUGGCAACGACCAUUCAGGCCUUGGAAUCAUUGAAGAUGGCGUGGCCUGUGGCCAGCAAAUCAGACUCUGAGGAGUUGUACGAACGGCUGAAGAACAGCUGCUCUGGCCUCGAGAAGUUCAUCAUUGACACCAUCUCGAGCUGUCCAGUGGAGCAGAUCACCAGCUUCCUGCAGUUUGCGCAGGAGUACGACUCACGGCGAAGCACCAUUGAUGGAUCGGAGCCCCUCCGGCCACGCCUAACCUCAGACGCGUCGGUGCGCUAUUUGAGCCAAGCCGAAGGUGAGCUCGGAAAGACGGAAGGCAUGAAGCCUCACAUUCUCCUAGACAGCUUGAAGGCCGUGGUGGCCAUCUCGGACGGCAGUGACAGCAAGGUGCGCACCCAGCUGUUGCGAGUCAUGUCUGCUACGGACGAGCGCUUGCUGAAAUCCUUUGUAGAGACCAUCUCAGCAGAGGUGGAGAAUGAAAAGAAGGAGCUCUUACUGCAGAAGUUUGCCGAAUCUGCGGAUGAGGUUCGCGUGGCGUGUUCGAUCCCAGGAAGGCCCUUGGUGGAGGCUAUGCGGGAAAAGAGGACCGAGACAGCAAGCGAGUUGAUCAGCACUAUCCGGGACGAAAUUUCUGCCGGACAAGUGGGCUCGCUGGCCAAAGAGCUUGGUGCUUUAUCGCGGAUUUGCAAGAGGCUCCCGCCAGAGUCCUCGAUACCCAAAGAGGCAGCCGCCGUGGGGUCAAGGUUCCUCGAGAGCCUUGCGACUGCUCCGCUUGCAGAGGUGGAGAUGCUCAUGCCAUCAAUUUCAGCGGUCUCUGCUGCAUUAAAAGACUUGGGCGGCGACGCUGCGGACCUGCGUGGGAAACUUCUUGGCCGGGUGUGUGCAGGUCAUUUGGUGGCCGCGAGGAAUACGACGGAUCUCACCCAACUGGGCAAAGAGCUGGACAUCCUCGAGAAGUGUCGCAAGGAUGAAGCCUUGUCUGCGCAGCUGGGUGAGGAGAUCUCCCAAUUGGCCCAAAGCUUGGAAGAGACCUUCCUUGCACGCCUCCUGGAGGAGGGCCGUGCCAAGGGCUCUGCUGUCUUAGACCUGGCGAUAGUUGCCGAUGGAUGGAGGGACGAGCCCAUGCUCCCCAGGCUCACGAAGGCCCAUAAAGUGGUGGGACUCUUCGAAGAGGCCAUGGGAGAAGUGCAGAAGACCUCGGGAAUGAAUCCCAAAGUGGUGGUGACGGUGCUGAAGGACUUAGGGCCAUUGCUAGAAUCGGUGGCCAGCUUAGAGGCCUACCGCCAACGGCUGCUGACAAUUGUGGAGAAGUUCAGAGAAAAGCUUGAAGAAGCUUGCCAGAAGGCACUCGCAGCUGAAGGAGAUGUCGAAGCUCGCCUUGCUGGUUUGCUAAAGUUGGCAGAAAGUGGCGACGUGGCCCAGGAAGCUUUCUUAAGCGUUCCGGAGCUCUCCUACGAGAAGAAGAACUUUACCGAUUCCAUCUCGAAAGUGGGUGUGAAGAAAGCGUUAGAAUCCAUCGAAGCAGAACUCUCGAAAGAGUCUGGCAUGAAUCCAAAGCUCCUGCUGCAGAAGUUUCAAGAGCUAGGCAAGUGGGGUACGUUGCAGGAUACUCUCAAAGAUCGCUACCAGGCAUCAUGCGACAAGGUGAGUCAACGGAUGAAGGACUCCAUGCAGGACGCAAAGACAACGUCUAAUACUGGCAAGCAGAAGGCACUGCUGCAGUUUGCAAAGGAGUUCGACAUGGCCUCCAACAGCUCUCUGGAAGCGGAGUUACAAGCGUUGCUUGGGGAUGAAGGCGUUUGAGGCGAGAACAAUAAAUUUACUGUGGACAGAUGAUGAUAGAUGAAAUGAAUGGAACAUCCAGCUAUGGCUCAAAAACUGGAAGCCACG